CACCCUCUGGGGAGGUGCCUCCGGGCCGUGGGCCGGCGUCUGCCCCUGGUGUCAUUGUCAGCAGGAUGCCACCCUGCAGCGCCCCUGCCGCCCGCGCUCACGUCACGUGGGCUGUGGGCCGGGAAGCCACCCAGUCACUCUCGUCCAUGCCACGUUCACAGCCAGAGGGAGCAGCGGCCAGUCAAGGAGCUGGACGGCCGCGCUGACGGCUGUUCUCGCUGACGGGCCCUGCACUCGCUACUGAGCGGCGACCAUGGGUGCGCUGGCCUACCUGAAGACCCAGUUCGUGGUGCACCUCCUCAUCGGGUUCGUGUUCGUGGUCAGCGGGCUCCUCAUCAACUCCAUCCAGCUGUGCACGCUGGUCCUGUGGCCCCUGAGCAAACAGCUGUACCGCAGGCUCAACUGCCGCCUCGCCUACUCCCUGUGGAGCCAGCUGGUCAUGCUUCUGGAAUGGUGGUCCGGCACGGAGUGCACGCUCUUCACCGACCAGGCCACCGUGGACCGCUUCGGCAAGGAGCACGUGGUCAUCAUCCUCAAUCACAACUUCGAAAUCGAUUUCCUCUGUGGGUGGACCAUGUGCGAGCGGUUUGGCGUGCUGGGGAGCUCCAAAGUCCUGGCGAAGAGGGAGCUGCUGUACGUGCCCCUCAUCGGCUGGACGUGGUACUUCCUGGAGAUCGUGUUCUGCAAGCGGAAGUGGGAGGAAGACCGCGACACGGUCAUCAAGGGCCUGCGGCGCCUGGCCGACUACCCCGAGUACAUGUGGUUCCUGCUCUACUGCGAGGGCACGCGCUUCACGGAGAAGAAGCACCGCGUCAGCAUGGAGGUGGCCGCGUCCAAGGGGCUGCCCCCCCUCAAGCACCACCUGCUGCCGCGCACCAAGGGCUUCACCACGGCGGUGCAGUGCCUCCGGGGCACAGUCGCAGCCGUGUAUGACGUCACGCUGAACUUCCGCGGAAACAAGAACCCGUCGUUGCUGGGGAUCCUCUACGGGAAGAAGUAUGAGGCGGACAUGUGCGUGAGGAGAUUCCCCCUGGAAGACAUCCCGCUGGAUGAGAAGGAAGCGGCCCAGUGGCUCCAUAAACUGUACCAGGAGAAGGACGCGCUGCAGGAGAUGUACAAGCAGAAGGGCGUGUUUCCAGGGCAGCAGUUCAAGCCCGCCCGGAGGCCAUGGACGCUCUUGAAUUUCCUCUUCUGGGCCACGGUCCUGCUGUCCCCUCUCUUCAGCUGUGUCUUAGGCGUCUUUGCCAGCGGCUCUCCCCUCCUGAUCCUGACGUUCCUGGGGUUUGUCGGGGCAGCUUCCUUCGGAGUCCGCCGACUCAUAGGAGUAACUGAAAUAGAAAAAGGCUCUAGCUACGGAAACCAGGAAUUUAAGAAAAAGGAAUAAUCGCUGGCUGUGAUGAUUGCACAUGCGUAACCUGACCGUGGUAUCCAAUUAACUCAAUUAAAAACAGAACAACACACGCAGAUCGGAAAAAAGACACUUAGAAACUAUUUUUCUUAUUAACUGGUGACUAAUAUUGACCAAUAAACCUUGAGCCAAGAGUAAA